AUGGGAGUGUGGCUUGUCCUUUGUGCAACUCUAUUUGCUACGGCAUUUGCAAGUGAUAAUUUAUUUCCUGAUCCUUCAACAAUCGUCUAUGAAGGCCAAGCUCGGUUUACCAUUUUGUCCAUAUAUCUUAUUCGUUUAGAAUGGUCGCCAACAAAAGAAUUUCUCGAUGGUAAAACUUGGCUUGUUCAAUCGCGUCAAAUUCAACCAACUCCACCUCUAUUCAAUGUUACGCGCAACGAUACUCAUUUACGAAUCGAUACGACUUUUGUUACAGUAGAAUAUUUGAGAAAUGCUGUAACAACAUUCAAUCAACAUAAUAUUCGUGUUACUAUUCGCGUUAAUAUUACUUCAGGAGAAACCGUUGCUUGGAAUGCUGUACCUGGAGAAGAAUAUGAUGGCAAUCUUUUAGGUACACUACGAACAUUGGACGGAAAUCGUGAUUCAAAAUUAGAGUUGGAUUGUCAAAAUCAACAUCGAAGUGAUCUUCAUUGUGCCUAUGGUGUUAUUUCUCGUCGUGGCUAUGCUUUAGUCGAUGAUACACAUCAACCUCAACUCGACGAUGAAGUUCAAUGGCCAUGGAUCGUCAGUAAACGAUAUCCAAUUCCUGAUCCGACACAAUGUCAAGCCGUUUCAUCUGCAGAACGUCGAAGUUGUGGUUCAUCGAAUAAUACCGAUCGACAUGAAUGUGAACUUCGUGGUUGUUGUUUCGAAGCACCAUCAUCGUGUUUCUAUUCAUCACAAUCUCAACAAGAUUUAUAUUUAUUUGGUCAUGGUCGAUUAUAUUCACAGGCCCUAUUUGAGUUUACACGUCUUGCUGGAUCGAUCCCACUGCCACCUCGCUAUAUAUUUGGUGUGUUCUUUAGUCGCUAUUGGGCUUAUGCUGAAUAUGAAGAAAGACAAAUUAUUACUGAAUAUAUUCAACAUGAUGUUCCAUUAGAUGUACUUGUUACCGAUAUGGAUUGGCAUAUUACAUUUUAUAAAUUAACUGCAAACGGUACAAAAGAUCAAGCCGGAUUAGAUAUUGGCUGGACAGGUUUUACAUUUGAUGAUCAUCUUUUUCCGAAUCAUCAAAAAUUUCUUCAAUGGUGUAAACAAUUAGGUCUCAAAAAUACCCUCAAUCUUCAUCCAGCAUCAGGUAUUCAACCGUGGGAAGAAAAAUACAAAGACAUGGCUAUAGCUAUGGGUAUUGAUCCUUCGACCGGUCACUACGUUCCAUUUAAUGUUACCGAUAAAAAAUAUGCUUCAUCCUGGGUUAAUAUUGUUCUUCAUGCUCUGCAAGAAGCUGGCAUCGAUCUAUGGUGGUUAGAUUGGCAACAAGGUGAAGAAGGUUGGAUGAAUGAUAUACCUUAUGCCAAUCCAACGUUUUGGUUAAAUCAUGUCUUUUUUACCGAUCCCAAUCUUGGAAACAAUCGUCCCGCUCUACUACAUCGUUGGGGCGGUCUUGGCAAUCAUCGUUAUCAAGUUGGCUUUUCCGGUGAUGUUGUACCAUCAUGGGAUACACUUUCAUUUCAACCAAGAUUUACAGCAACAGCAGCAAAUGUUGGCUAUGGAUACUGGAGUCAUGAUCUCGGUGGACACACUCAAGAACCCGAUCCUGAACUUUACACUCGUUGGCUUCAAUGGGGCGCUUUUUCACCUAUGUUUAGAACACAUUGUACUAAAAAUGCAAACAAUGAUCGACGACUUUGGACAUUUCCUUGGAUCUAUCAAAAUAAUUUAGCACGAUUUACUCGACUUCGGCAAGCACUUAUUCCGUAUAUUUAUACAGCUGCAAGACGUACUUACGAUAUGGGCCUAUCCGUGGUUUUACCUCUCUAUUAUUUCUAUCCAGAAUAUGAUCAAGCUUAUUCAUAUUUAAAUCAGUAUUUUUUUGGUCAAAGUAUUUUUGUUUCACCCAUAUCACAACCAAUCAAUGCAAGUACAGGUCUUGUUGAAAAUUGGCCUAUCUGGUUUCCACCUGAUACUGAAUGGGUAAAUUUUUUUACUGGUGAUCUUGCUUCGUCAUCGAUGACAAAAUCGUUUACUCUUGAUGAAAUGCCAGCCUAUGCACAAGCAGGCUCCAUUAUUCCACUUUUACCUGAGCCAAGAUCAAGUCGAGAUCGAAUUGGCCGAGCCCAACAAAUUCCACAAAGUCUUCUUUUAUAUACUCUUGUUGGUGGAUCGUCGAAAGGACGAGGAUAUGUCUAUGAUGACGAUGGAACAACCAUUGCAUACCAAGAUUCAACUCAUGCAACCAAUGCUGUCACACGUUUCGACUAUAAUAUUACAGGCGAUACAUUACAAUUCAUUGUAUCAGCAGCAACAAGUUCAUUUUCGACCUUUCCAACAGCACGUACAUAUGAAAUUCAACUUCGAGGUAUUUUUCCUGCGACCAAUGUCCUUGUAAAUAAUGUUCCGAUUCCUAUGGAACCCUUCAAUGAAUUAAUCAACGGACAAGAUGGAACAACAAAUGGUUAUACUUAUGAUGGCUCGACACUUUCAAUCGUUAUCUAUAUUCGACAAUCUAUGUCAACAUCACAAUCAUUUCAAAUUCAAAUACAACUAUCUGAAAGUAUCUCUCAUCCGCUACUGUCUCAAGUUCCUACCGCUUUUGUUGGUCUUCUUGCUCGUUGUCAAUCAGCAAAAGCACAACUUGACUAUGAAUGGGGUGUAAAAACAGUCUAUAUGGAUGAUUAUCCAUUGUUAUUAGAUGCUGCUGCUACUGGUCUUCGUAUAACACAUUCACCUACGACAGCUACUGAUGAAUUAAAUGCAUUUUUUCAAGUACGUAUGCCAGGUGCUUGCAAUGAAAUAGCAAAUAAAAUAACAAAUCUUGAUCCAGCUCUUCAAGGUGUACUAUUAGCUCAAUUACAAUGCAAUUUAUUUAUUUACAAAUAA